AUGAUUUUCAAAGUAAAACAUCCUCAAUUAGAUCUCAAUCCAGAAGAAGUAAACAUUGGAAAGAAAAGAUUUAGACAUAGAAAAAAUACAAAUUCUCUCAAUUAUGCUAUAAUUGGAGAAAUACCAAAAUCCAAUAAUUCGUUUUCAAUUGAAGAAAACAUACUGAGAACUAAAUAUCAACGGUCUUCAAAUAAUAGCCCUCCCCAAGGCUCUCCAACGAAUGGCACUUCCUUAAAUUUAGAUUACUUGAUUUCCGAAAAACAAAAUACUCAAAAUUUUGCGAAUAGAAUUUCUUCUCCUAACUCCUUGCAUCGGUUAUAUAAAAAUGCUCCAAAGUUCUUUAUUCAUUUUUUUGCAAAAGUAGCCCACUCAAAAAAUGUUUUAGUAUAAUUAUUUCUUGGAAAAAUAUUUUAUAUAUAAUUUAUGACGAUAAUAAUGGGAUUUUAUCUGAUUAUAUCAAAUUGCAUCAUAAAAGCAUAAAUUAUUUUUUUCAUUUCUAGCAUUUAUAAAUAAUUUAUUUUAAAACUUUUAAAGCCUCAGCCAGCAACAAAAAAAACUUGUUAGCUAAUCAAGAGAAAUGUAAGAAACUAAAUGAUAUUCAAUCUCCAAUUUAUCCUAGAAGCCAGUCAAUUUCAACAGAUUAUGAGUCAUCUUCUUUAUCCUCUUAUAUUACUCAUAGUCCUGGAUUAAAGCAUAGUAAUGAUGAUAAGUUGAAUUUAUCAAUAUUUAAGCAACCUAAAUUUACAAAACAAAAUCCGUUGAUAAUCUAUAAUAAUCCUAUUCUAGGAUACACUCCUCGUAUAUCAAGAGAGUAUAGCAACUCUCCAGACAAGAGAAGAAGCUUGGCGGAUUAUGGAAAUAUGAUGAUUUCCAAAAGAUAA